CACGAAGACAGUUGAUUCCGAUUGAGUUGUUCACCAUCACCCACCGCGAAACAAGAAUCAGCAGGAUUAGUUGGACGCGCGGAAGGAUGAGACAGUGAUCCACACGCGCCACACGUAACCGUCGUGGGCCGGUCACAGUUGUUGAGUUCUGACUUCUGAGUUCUGACAGCAGCCCAAUACAGCACCUCGUGCUGCGUGCAGAGAGAAGAUCUGGCCCCACAGCCAUGACUACAAACUAGAAAGCCAAUAAAAUGAAUCCUCCGUCGCCUUCCCCUCCUUCUCCCUCUGUCUCCUCCUCUUCUUAUACUCCCGCUUCCUGGUUCUCUGGGAUCGUCAGGGGCGGCCGUCCCGAUAGGUCUUCCAGCUUUAAAAUGUCCGCUAACUCCACGGUUGCCGCCACCGCUGACUUUUCCGGUCCUAUCGUCCGCAAAAAUCAGUUCCGUGGGGUACUCUUCAAGUACGGUCCAAAUCCUAUUCAGGUUGCAUUUAAGACUGGCGAUUACAAACGGCAAGUCAUUUUUAUUGGUGGAUUGACCGAUGGUUUUCUUGCUACUGCCUACUUGGAACUUCUCGCAAAUGCCUUGGACCGUGAAAAUUGGUCACUGGUUCAAUUCCUCAUGUCAUCUUCUUACAGUGGAUACGGCACCUCCAGCUUGCACCAAGAUGCUAAAGAGGUGGAUCAGCUGAUUAAUUAUCUAAUUAACAAACAAGAUUCCGAAGGUGUGGUAUUACUUGGGCAUAGUACUGGUUGUCAGGAUAUUGUGCAUUACAUGCGAACAAAUUUUGCUUGCUCCAAAGCUGUUCGUGCUGCCAUCUUGCAGGCUCCAGUCAGUGACAGGGAAUAUCGAGCGACACUCCCUGAGACAGCUUCUAUGAUUGACUUGGCGGCUAAAAUGAUAAGUGAAGGCCGAGGUUCAGAAUUAAUGCCAAGAGAAGCAGAUCCUUGUUCUCCAAUAACUGCAUACAGAUAUCACUCCCUUUGUGCAUAUAAUGGUGAUGACGACUUGUUCAGUUCCGAUCUGAGUGAAGAUCAGUUGAGGAUGAGGCUUGGACACAUGUCUAGCACACAUUGCCAGGUGAGCAUAUACCAGUUAUAUUUUCAAUGGCAGAUGAAUAUGUGCCAGAUUAUGUCAAUAAGAAGGAACUUGUUGAACGAUUAUGCAGAGCAAUGGGGGGUGCAGAGAAAGUAGAAAUUGAAUAUGGAAACCACUCACUCUCUAACAGAUCUGAAGAAGCUGUCCUAGCUAUCAUUGAUUUCUUAAAAAGAGAAGGACCCAAGGGCUGGGAUGAUCCAUGGAAUUAGUGUCUUUUAGCUCUCCACUGCAGCAUUCCCUUAUUAUUGUUAGAUUCAGUUCCUUUGUCUCUCGAUUUUGUUAAUCUUCCAUUUUUCUCGCGUGCAUAAUUUUCCUGGUUUUCUUUUUCUUAUUAUUCUUUUUUGGCGGAGGGGUUUGAAUCAGUUUUAAGACUUUUAGUCAUAAUAUUUUUUGUUAAUAUAGUAGAUUUUAAAACAUUAUUUUGCUACAUUUUAGCCAACUCAAUUGCUUCUUGCAUGUGAAUGCUCUCUGCCCCCUGCAGAUUGGUUCUCAUGA